AUGGCGAACCCCCACCGGACAAACGCCUUGGUCACCUCCUGCUUUAAAACGCCGGUGGACCCGCACACCAAGGCGCCUCUAGCCUCAUACGAGCGGGGGAGAGCCUUACCUUACACGGCUACAGGCCAUGUGGACAACCGGGACUAUGAGAAGGAGCUGGAAUAUGAGGACUCGGGCUCAGAUUUCUGCGAUGAGGACUACCAGCGGAAUGGUGGCCCUCACCUGAUGAGAGACUACAGAGCAGCAGGGGACCGCCUCGACCUGAGUGAAAUCUUCUUCUCCAACGAGGAAUACUACAGCAAGCUGGAGGAGCUGAAGAAGGCUCACUUCCGCACCAUGGCUGAGCUGGAGGACAUGUACCACCGAAACCUGCAUCUCAAGGCCAUGGACCCUCUGGACGCACUGAUGCUGGAGGGGGGACACAGGGUGCUGUGCAGCCAAGCAGCUUCGUGGCGUUUGAGGAAGUCGCAGUCUGCUGUUGAACUGAGGCGAGGCUCCAGACAGUCAGACUCAUCAGAUGAUGAGAAAGCUUCCAGUAACGAUGUGGAGAAAGGCCUACUCUUUUCUCCCAAAGAACACAUCAAGACCAUGUGGCAGGACUUCAAGCUGUCCCCUCACAAUCACCACCUGUCGUCCUGCUCGCUGCCAGUAGACCAGGAGAGCCGCAGACCACAGAGAGGAAAAGGAAAGAAGAGGACGGGUCAUAAAGGCGGAGAGCAGGAGUCUUGGAAACACAGAAUGACUGUCCCAAAACCGUUCCAUAUGAUGCUGCGUGAGGAUGAGAAGCGAAAGCGCGGCAUAAAGACGCGCUCUGAGAUCGAAAUGGAGAACGCCGAGCUGAGACGGCAGCUGGAGGAUUUGACGGAGUGCCAGAUGAAGUUCCGUGCCAGUCCCGUCCCAGCACACGUUCACCUCCCGCUUUACGAAAACCUGCAGGAGCGAAACGAGGAGCGGCGGCGAACCCUGCGAGAGCGAGAAGAUCAGCAUCUACGAACUGUCUCCAAACCGUUCAGCUUCCUGGAGAGGGAGCGACUGAAGAAGGAGCAGAAGCAGCAGCGUGAACAGCGGCUGUCCGCCCAGGAGAAGGUCAAACCCUUCAAGGCCAAACCUGUUCCCAAAGCAGUGUACGCAGCAGCAUCUGGGGAGCAGAUGAAGGAGGAGCAGCUGUAUCGCUCUAUCAAGAUACAGAUGAGAGCUCAGGAGUUGCUCCAACACGCUUCAAUGCCUCCAGGCAUGCUCUCACGACGACUCAAUGAACGCAAGAAAUCCAAAGAAACCGACGGCGAUAACUUCUCCCACAAGCCCAAGAUCAACAACGAGGUGCCGGACUUCGAUGCCAGUUACAGACGCUUCCAGAAGAGCCUGGAGAAACGAAAAGAGGUGAGGCCCACGACUGCAUGCGAACCCUUCGACUUGAAAACAUCGCAGAUCCCAUCGCACCGAGAACGCAUCCUGGCAGAGAUCGAGAAGGAGCAAGGCAGCCCUAAGAUGCUGCGCUGGCCGUACAUCAGCCCCGGGAGGGCUCGGACGCCAAACUCAAGCCUCUGUUCGUCCCUCUCAGGCAGCCUGGAGCUCCUGCCUUCCAAAGCCACAGAUGCCACCAAAAAGCGCCACGAGGCUGUGAGAAAGGCGCUGGAGCAGAGGAAGAAGGCUGAGGAGGAGGAGGAGCAGUGGCAGGAGAGGCAGAAGCAGCGGGAGAAGAAGCUACAGAAGGUAGUGGUGAAGCGCGCCCAGGCCAACGACCCCCACGUGGCGCUCUCACAGACCCACCAGACCAAACUCAAAGAAUUCAGGAAACAAGACCGUCUGCGCAGGAAGGAAUACCAGCAGGAGAUUAAAGAGAUACAGGAGAGAGUGAAGGGAAGGCCGCUGCUGUUGGAGCAGGUUGCACAGAGGAAUGCCCGAAAGGCAGCAGAGAAGCACUACACGGAAAAGCUGCAGGGAUGUGACCUCACAGAGGACUUUAUCAACAGCAAGGCGUCGAGAGCAGGAUCUGCGCACCGAGCGUCUCUGUCCAGUGAGCAAGAUGAGGCAGACACGGGCUUCGAAGCCGUCCACUACAGGAAGGUGUUUCUGGACGAUGAAGACAUGGAAGUGGAUCCGGACGAGAGCGAAGGAAGUAGGAGAGGUAAUGAGGAUGAGGAGGAGGAGAGGGACAGAGCUUCAUCGCACCACCGCGACAGAGAAGACGCUGGCAGUCCUCGCUCGGAGGAGGAUUACCGGCGAGACGUCGACCGCCGUUACUCAGAUGAAAGCUGCCAUUACUCAGACGAUCACGAGCAUUACUCGGAUGAUCACGAGCGUUACUCGGACGACAGCGAGCACGACAUCGACUCUAAACAGCAGGAAGCAGGAGAGUGA